AGAGGAGGAGUGUGUCCCAACAGCAUCACAUGUUCAGGCAGAGCCACACUGCCGGCAGUGUUUUGACUGAACAGCAGGAGGAGAAACAGGAAGUACAGAGGAGCCCAGAUCAGGCCAGGCCCAGCUCAUAAACACACGGUACGCAAAAGAUCAGUCUCUCACUUGAAGCUGCAGACUAUGGAGGGAAGUACGACACAAGAUGAAAUUCACCAGGAAGAGAAAGACAGAUCUGGAAGCAGUGAAGGAGGGCAGACAGAUCUGAAGGAGAGAGAGUUGAGACUGGUGCUCCUCGGCUCAGCGGGUGCUGGGAAAAGCAGUGCGGUCAAUGCCAUCCUGGGCGGCCCAUCAUCUGAGUCCGACUGUACAGGCCCUGAGACACCAGCCACCGACUGUCAGAAGAGACGUGUGGCGCUGGCAGGACGACAGGUGGCUGUUGUGGACACACCUGACUGCCUGUGCAUCGAGCGUCCCGCAGAGGACGUCCGCCGCCAAUUUUCGCUCUGUGCGGCUUUAUCAGCCCCGGGGCCCCAUGCUUUCCUGCUCUGUGUCCCUGUCCACCGGCCCAGCAACCUGGAGCUCCAGAUUUUGGAGACCAUCGAGAAGGUGUUUGGCCCUGAGGCAGUCAGUAAACACGCAAUGGUGCUCUUCACUCGCAUGGACCGACUGCCUGAGGAUGUUUCUCUGGACGAGUAUCUCAAUACAGAGAGGCCCGACUUGCUAGAGCUCGUGCAAAAGUGCAGGGACCGACAUCACCCGCUACUGGCGGGAUCCAGCGUGGAGGAGCUGUUCAUAAUGGUGGAGAAGAUGGUGGAAGAAACCGGGACACACUUCUACACCUGCUCUCUGUUGCAGGAGGCGGAGAGGAGAGUGAAAGAGAAGGAGAAGGAGAUCUUGAGAAGCAGAAGAGAAAAAGGAGAGGAUGAUUCGGAGGGAAUAAGGGCCGAAGCAGAGAAAAGUGUGGACGAUUUGGUGGUUGAGGGAAUCGCAGAGCUCUGUGUCUCCACUCCUGACACCUCGUUCUUACGCUGGUUGUGGGACAGUGUGGUCGAGUGGCUCCUGUGGCUCCCCAAUAUGGUGAGGGGCAGUGCUUUACUGGGGUCGAUCGUGGGGUUGUUCGUCGGGGGGCCCUUAGGAGGGGCCAUGGGAGCAACGGUGGGCUCUGUGGCGACGGAGGUGGGUAGACGGAAACAAAAAACCAAGUGAGCACUUGGAAAUUUGGUAACAGUUUAUUGUCAUUUUCAUUAUGUCACUAAGAAACAUCAAACAACAGAUCGGUUUGUUCCUGAACAUUCAAAUAUGUAUAUAUAGUCAGCCACAAAAGUCAUUACAAAUGCUAAUGAAAUGUUUUUUCUAUUGAAUACAUGCUUUUUUCCCCAUUACAAAUUGUAUUAUUAACUUAAUAAUUUGAGUUGAAUUGAACAAUUAACAUUUACAAGUUUCUGUAAAACUGAUGAUCAUGUUCAUGCUUGCUUGUUUAAUUUCUGAUCCAAAAAUAGUGCUGAAUCCUAAAUAUUUCUUAUUAACUUUACCUUAUGACUUUUUAUUUUAUUUUAAAUGAAAACAUUCCGUUUAUAUCUGUUUAAAUUAGAUUUAGAAUUUAGAUUUUAAGUCUCUCUCUGUCUGUCUGUCUGUCUGUCUGUCUGUCUGUCUGUCUGUCUAUCUAUCUAUCUAUCACUCACACACACACAGUAAUUCCAACUAUUUGAAUGUUCAUUAACUAAUGAUCUGUCAAGCAUAAUAUAUCAUAAUAUAUAUUAAUGUUUGUUAAUGCUAUUCAUGAAAAAUAUUAUAAAGUGUUACCAAGCAUUCAAGUUUCACAGCUUAACACCAAAAGCAAGUAUUACAAACUCAAUUUCUAAUGGUGAGCAGAAGAUAAGGGUUAAGAGGUGCCUUUGAGAUCCAUUUCUCAGACUUUUUGUGUGCACCAUUAGUUUUGCACUAAGGUUUUUUUUGCCUUAAACACUAGAUCUUAUGUGUUUUGCAUUUAAACAGCAACUAUCCAUAAGCACUGUAUAUGGAGCAAUGGAGUGAAGAUCACCGUCUUAACACUGUCACCAAAUAGCUUUAUUUCACACAUGCACAAGUAAAAAUCACAGUAUCACUACUAAGCCUGAAGCGCUUUCUUUGAAGUGAGCAUUGAACUCUAAGCGCACCAUAAACUCAAGAUUUGUUUACAGGCCAUAAACAUCUCCGGAUCUAGGUGCAUAACAGUGUUUUUAUUACAUCACUGCUGCACUAAACAGCUGCUAUGGAACAAACGCAUGCUACACAUUUUCAGACUGAUCGCAUGAGCAUAAAUUUAAUAAUGCUCCUCAUGUAAGCGAUUUCCAUGUGCAAUUUUGCCACUUAAUUGGUUUGCAGUUCAAAUGUUUCUGCAGCUGUUCUGGAGUAUGAAAAUAAAGCAGCAUAAUGAAAACAAUCAGUGAUGGUGUGA